CUGGAUCCUGGACCUACAGUACCGUACGGCGUAGCACCCCAGCCUGAAUAUCAUUCUUGGCAGUUUCAUGGUGGUGUUACGCAGCUCUGCGGGCUUGUUCUAAUGUUGUCAAUGGACGAGGCGGCUCGAGUUUGACUGAACUCAUCGGUAACACCUCCUGUCGUCAUAAUAUAGGAGAGAACGAGGUCCCUCGGAAAGCCCAUUGUAUCCUUUUCUGUCUACUUUUAGACCAAAAUGGCAGCCGUAGCAGCAACCCCUCUGGAUUCGGGCUUCAAGUUUUCGUACAUGCGCCGUGGCAAAGCAGCAGCAGCCACUACGACCAAAGAAGGAGAACAGCCAGCUACACCGACGGAAAAUGUGGUUCAUCCCUACGAGAACUCCAUCAAGACACUGGCCACAGUGGACACGGUAGAGGAAUUUUGGAGUGUAUACGACUAUCUCAAGCGUCCCAAUACGCUGCCUACCACUACCGAUUAUCACUUUUUCCGCUCCCACAUCAAGCCCACCUGGGAGGAUAAGGGAAAUGAGAAAGGUGGAAAGUGGAUUAUUCGUCUUCCGAAAGGCCUGGCAUCGCGAUACUUUGAAGAAAUCUUGCUGGCCAUUAUUGGAAAUCAAGUACCUGGAGUAACACCGGAUGAGAUUUGUGGAGUUGUCAUUUCCAUUCGCUAUUCGGAAGAUAUUUUGGGUAUCUGGAACAAAACGGCAGACAGAGAGGUGAUUGGUCUGUUGCGUGAUGCCAUCAAGAAGGUUUUGCAACUCCCACCCCAAGCAUCCAUGGAGUACAAACCUCAUCAAACUUCGAUUCAGGACAAAUCGUCCUUUCGCAAUACGCAGGUGUGGAAGCCAAAGUCCGCAGAAGGACGAGAGCGCUCUGAUUCUCGUGGUGAACCUACGCCUCGCCGUUCCAGUGGCAGUGCCUGGACGGAUGAGCGCAAGAAGAGCCGAGGUGAUAAGAGCUCAUGGCGGUAAGCUAGAAGCAAAACGGGAGCGGAGCGGAUAUAACCUGUGGCAAUGCAUCCAAAGAGCAGAGGACCGCUAAAUCGCGAAAGCAGCGAAUGGUUUAGUGGUAGAGAGUCAGUUAGCCAUUCCGUUCUAUAUCGUUAUUACAUGUAUGCUGCUCCCCUUUAGGCUUUACUCUCCGAGCUAC